AAGAUAUACGCGAGAGAUUAGACUCCAUUGCAGGGGAGAGAAUUAAGUUCCACUUGAAAGAGGGUGUUAUAGAUUCACAGGUUUAUGAUAUGGAGGGAAGAAAAACUGGCUCCCUUGUGAUUGAGUCAGAAAUCUACGGUAGAAAUAAGGAGAAAGAAAUGAUAGUAUAUGUGUUGCUUUCCAAUUUGAGAUAUCAAGAUGAUCUAUCUGUCUACGCCAUAUGGGGUAUGGGGGGACUUGGAAAGACCACACUUUCUCAGUUGGUCUACAAUGAUCCAAGGGUACAGGCUCACUUUGAGAUGAGGAUUUGGGUGUGUGUAUCUGAUGAUUUCAGCAUACAACGGCUGACCAAGGCAAUCAUCGAGUUGAUAGAAGGUGUUGGGUGCAAUAUCUCAGAAUUGGAUCUGCUGCAACGACGCCUCCAAGAAAGAUUGAGGGGGAAGAGAUUUUUACUUGUGCUAGAUGAUGUGUGGAACGAAGAAAAUGGGAAGUGGGAUAGACUAAAAGAUGUAUUGAGGUGUGGAUCAAAAGGAAGUAUGCUUAUAGUAACCACCAGGAUUGUGAAAGUUGCUCACAUGAUGGCUACGCUUCCAAUAUAUCACCUGGGAUAUUUGUCGGACGAUGAUUCUUGGACCUUAUUCAAGCGACGUGCAUUUGGGAAUGGGAGGGAGGAAAACUUAGAGUUGGAAACAAUCGGCAAAGCAAUAGUGAAGAAAUGUGGUGGGGUGCCCCUUGCAGUAAAAGCCCUUGGAAGCCUAAUGUGGUUUAAAAGCAACAUAAGUGAAUGGUUAUCUGUGAAAGAAAGUGAUAUUUGGGAUUUAUGGAAUUCUAAAAAUGCUAUCUUACCUAUCCUAAGGCUCAGUUAUGACAAUUUACAUCCAUAUUUGAGACAAUGCUUUGCCUAUUGUUCUAUAUUUCCCAAAGACUAUGAAAUGGAGGUGGACAUGCUGCUAGAGCUGUGGAUGGCAAACAACUUCAUUCCAUCCAAAGGACAAACAAAUCUACUUCUUAUGGCUCAUGAGUGUUUCGAUGAUCUGGUUUGCAGGUCUUUCUUUCAAGAUGUCAAGGAAAACUACAAAGGUGACUUGACGUGUAAAAUGCACGAUUUGAUGCAUGAUCUUGCCCAGUCUAUUAUGAUACGAGAAUGUUGUACAAUGGAGCAUGGUAAGGUGCUGAAAAUCCCAGAAAAGAUUCGUCAUUUGUCUUUCUAUAUGAGUAAUCCUGAGAGCAAGGAUAUGCCUGCAGAGCAAUCUUUGCGCUCCUUCAUUGUACUUUCAACGCCAGACGUCAAUUGCAUGGAUAAUUUGGCUACCUAUAUCUCAAAACAAAAGUACCUGAGGGUGUUGGCAGUUCGAGGGAUUCGCAUUGAAAAAUUAAUAUCUUCAAUAGGGAAUUUGAAGCAUCUUAGGUACCUUGACAUGUCCUGCAAUAAGAUGAAGGCUUUACCAGAAUCAACAACUUAUCUCCAAAACUUGCAAACAUUGAAGCUGAGAAAUUGUUCUAAGCUUCGUGAAUUGCCAAAAAGUAUGAAGCAAAUGAGAAAUCUAGUAUGUCUGGACAUUAGAGGUUGUGCUUCUCUUACUUGUAUGCCAGCUGGACUGGGGCAAUUAACUUGCCUUCAAACUUUAAGCACGUUUAUUGUGGGUCUACAGCAUGGUCAGCAAAUAGGCGAGCUGAAAGAAUUAAAUCUUGGUGGUAAGUUGACCAUCAUGGGACUCAAAAACGUAAGAAAUUCAGAGGACGCAAGAAGUGCCAAUUUAAACAAGAAGCAUAAUCUUCGUGCUCUGAGUUUGAAUUGGGACGAUGACAUCACGAAAGACAACUUACCAGAUAAUGUUGAAGAAAUUCUUGAUGGUCUCCAACCUCAUCCAAAUCUGAAGGAGUUGACCAUACGUUCCUAUCCAGGCUUGAAAUUUCCUAAUUUGAUGGAUAAUCUGUCUGCUCUAAAAUGCUUGGAGGUUCGUUGCUGUCCCAAUCUUGAACAUUUACCCAGAGGACUCAAAAAUCUCGUAACCCUAGAGAGACUAGAGUUAAGUAAUUGUGACAGCCUAACAUCCUUACCGGCGACAGGGUUACAAGGCUUGUCUUCCCUGACAUCAUUGUCCAUUAUCAACUGCAAGAAACUAAGUUGUUUAUCUGACGGAGUGAAAUACCUGACAGCUCUCCAGGAUUUGUACAUAAAUGGAUGUCCAGAGAUGAUGUCUUGGCCCGAAGACAUCCAACAUUUAAAUAGGCUUCGAAGUUUGAGAAUUUGGAGUUGCCCUAACCUGCUCUACUUGCCAGAUGGGCUGCGUCUAUAUGCUUCAAUUGCUGCCUCCAAUGGAGACUUCUGGGUAGCCUUCGAGUCGGUGAAGAACUGGCAUGGGCUACGUUACGUCUCUUGUGAGUCAUUUGAGGGGCUUCUCUUCUCUGGUAUGUUUUCUGGGGAUCCAAAAUCUAUUGUGUGUGGACAGAUGUCCAAAGAGGUUAACUUCACUCCAUCAGGAUGGCAGAACCUCCUACAAUUUACAAUUUUUGAACUUGGUAUGAGGAAUCAAAAACUAUGGUACAGUACGUUGAUGCUCGAAGGCUUGAUCGGGUGUCACCGUCCUACAGUUCAAAUAAAGAACUUAAGAGUUGGUGGACUUGAAGAAGCUGAGACCAGUGAUUCUCAAGAGAAUUGA